UAUAUUAUGAUCGCGGAACUUGGCAGCAAACCAUUCUCAGUAUGGCGGUGGACGACUUCUGCAAGAUCAUGUACCAAGAAAAUCAACUUUGGUUCAAGUAUUAUACCGGGCACGUGACCAACAUCGAAGUGCGGGACAAAUGUCUCACCCUGGGUACCACGCAGAUUUUAGAAAGGUAUACCCUAAAGCUGGAGUUCGGUUUGGAUGUGCCACUAAGAUCUGGACGCUACAGGAUCGUAUUUCAAUUGGUUUCGAUAGAUCGGAAUGGUGUAAGGCGCAAAAAUGGCGUUUGCUUUGAAAUUAGAGGCGAUAUACAUAAGGCGCAGUGAAAUCUUGACAUGUUCUCAAAUUUCAAUCUUCCCUAUAUUAAAUAUCAACUGGG